AUGGAGAGAGGAAGUGAUGGCCCAAUCGAUGCUCUCCAAGUUGGACUGGGUUCACUCCACCGCGGAGCAGUCGACUCGGAAGGCGGAGUCGAGACGUGCAAUCGACUCGAGGAGCGCGCCGAGGCUUGUCUCUGCUUCUUGUCCAUCUUCCCUCUGCUGUCCUCUUCCAUGGUCGAGGCAGCCGCCGCCGUGCCUCCUUCACCUUCAGCAGCCCCUUUACCUGGGGUGCUCAUCCUCACCACCACUCCGCCCCUUCACAUACCCAGCCUCCUCCUCUCGUCUCACAUCCGUCACCCGCUCAAGCAGCAAUACCCUCAGCUCGUCGCCAGCCAAUGGUCUGCCUACCUGGCCAAGCGCAGCUUGCAGCCAAGUCCUCAACGGGCUGACUCCGUCGUAUGGCUCAAGGAUCUGCCCUGCUUCCCUCCUCAAGGAUCCUACGACGAUGAAGACACGGAGACCGAUGUCUCGGAGGACAGCCAUGGGGACGACGAGGGCAGCUCUGAUCAAGGCAGCGACGACGCAGAGGACGACGAGGGCAACAUCUGGAGAGGGUCCAGUACAAAGCCGAAUCGAAUUGGCGGGUCACCAGCAGCGAGAGCCAACGAAGAUAAUAAUAUCGGCACCGCUCUUGCCAACCUCACAGUAGGCCAAGUGACCUAUCUCGCUCCCAUUCCACCUGGCGGCAAUCCUCUUCUCUCCCUCUCCUUCCUUCACCACCUGCAUACUGUCAUCGCCCAGUACUUUCCCAACGCAGCCGCCAGUACCUCGGUGAUCUCCACCUCCCAAUCCCUUCCAUCCAUUCCAGCUUCAACCCUCACGGCAAACUUCGACGUCCUCUACCAGAUUCUCCAGGAGAUGCUCGACGAUGGGAGACCCUUGACCACAGAGUACAAUAGCAUCAAGGGGAUCGUGAGAGGGAAGCAGUGGUGGGAAGAGAUCACGAGCAAGAUGGCUAGGUGAGUUUGCGAGACAAAUCUUUGACAAAGUGAUGAGCAACAUUCCAUAUUCGCUGUGUUCUUUCCGAUUUGGGGAUGCGCUUCGCCGUCUGGCCAGCACAUCGCCGCUUCAUGAGCGACCUUCGACAAAAAAGAUUCAGCCUGAUUCCAAGCUGUCGGACCCUUUCAUUGACGCGCAGAGCUCGUAGCUGACACUUUGUCCUCG